AUGAAUAAUCAAGUGCUUUGCCCACGAAUUGAUGAGGACCAUCUCGAUAAAAUAUACGCUGAACAAUCAAACGGUUUCCCUUGGUCACUUUUUGAAGAUAAUCAAUCAGAAAAAGAACAAGAAAUAGCAAAAUCCGCACGACGGAACAAAGUCACAGUUUCACAAACCGUGCGAAGGCACAGACAACUCAGACGAAAUGCAAGGGAACGAGAACGACAGGGAAGACUGAACAGCGCUUUUGAUGUACUGCGAGGUGUUAUUCCGGACUACCUUUCAGGAAAAGGACCCGAACGAAAGUUGACACAAAUAGAGACACUUCGACUGGCGACGCACUACAUUCUAGCGCUCACUGAAAUGCUUGAAGAAGAAAAUCAGAAACCCGCAGAAUACUGUGAAUGCGGGCUCGCCUUUUCCGUUCGAUCUUGCAAUAGUGAAAAUAGCAAAUGA